UGAAAUUGAAGAACAAGUCCGCGUCCUAUCCAAGCAAAAGUCUCUCACAUCGUGCUCAUACCAACAGGUGCCGGCACUUUAGUAUCAACAAGAAAAAUUCUCUACUCAUUCUCUAGUCAAGGAAGGAUGCAGGAAGAAAGUGUGUAUGCGCUGAUACCUAACCCACAAGAAAUACCGUCGCGACCGCCGAUGCACAACUCGAAGUUUCUGGGCAAGACUCACCCGUCCCAGUUCGAAUUUGGGCAAAGUAAAGUCCAACCACACGCAACGAUGGGGAGACCCGAUGGAACCAACGGCCCCGCAAGACUUCACCCACACGAGAAGGAGCCUAAGCUUCCAGCACCCGGCCCACCUACGAACCCAAAGCAAAAGGUUCGGCCUCCUAUUCCCAGCAAAGAUGAUGUACCAAAGAUGGGGCUUACCAGCAACAAAAACUUCAUCACAUCGAACGCGGUGGACGUCAUCCUUGCUAAGCCCGGCAAGGUUCCCCAGCCAGAGUUUCAAUGGACUCAGAAGCCAGACUACGGGAGAGUGCCGUUGUACUUGAAGCGCAACAAGGAGCGGGUAGCAAAGGAGAAGGAGCAAUUCUCGCAGUUCAUCCGAGUCCGAGAAGCGCCGGAUGCCAACGCGCACGUGAGCCAACUGUCACCGGAUGACCGGCAGCAGCUGAUCCGGCAUCUCAAGAACAAGUGGGGCUCUGUCAACACGGCCUACCAGGGGCUGUCACUCACAGUGGACACGGCCAUGAAAAAGAUUCGUAAGGAAGCGAUGGAGCGGGAGCUGGCGGAGAUUGAGCGGGACAUCCGCACGCUCGAGCGCGGGGAGGUGGUGUUGGUGGUCGAGGAUUGAGGAUGAUCGCCGCCUGGAGGACAGGGAGGAAAUAAGGGAUGAGCCAACAGUGUAGGCGGCAAGCAGGAGCCGCAGCGGCGGCGAAGGUAGCAGCGGUUGUGCUCUUGUGUUGUCUUGGCCUUGCAAGCAAACCUCGAACGAAUGAGGCAUGUAGGGAGGCAGCUUGUGUGUGCGUGUGGGAGGGAAAGGGGCCUUGGAAAGGGAAGCGUAUAGAGGGGGAGCAGCUUGGCUUGGGGAAAGGGGAGGAGGCCUGGGGUGGAAUAUGGUGCUUUACGAGAAGGUUAUCUAGUUUUGGCAGACUUAAGGGCGCACCUUCUUUUGCGGAGUUGGUGGGUCGUUACUGCCAUAGUUUUACGGUGAUUUGGGCGCAGCAGGGACAAAGCGUUCUGUGUUGUUGCUUUGCCAAAACAGGUGUCUUACCGCGUUAGCAAUUUAGUGUACUGGAGUAAGUUUAGAACAAUGUGUCUUCGACGACCUAGCAGCGAAUAUGACGCAAACGCCUGGCGUACAAAGGUGAGCCGCUGGUGAGCUAUAUCGGCGCAGAACAUGCGUUGGGCCGGUAGACUAACAUGGGUACUAGCUAUCACUGUCUGUGACGAGUGUCUUGACACAGCGUACCGUACUGAGGAGAGCACCUAGCACUGCGAACGAGGAUAACCGCUGUAUGGCAGCUGCAGCAAUGUGUAACGAGUCCCUGUUUCUUCCAACG